CCCAGGGGAAAGGAUACUGUACGGUACAUUGCUCCCAGUCUCCCAGUCUCCCAGCCGCCCCCCUCCCCCCUCACUCUCCCCCCUGAGCGGCCACCCCUCCCCCUAUCUGGAUCUCGUGCCAUCCGCCAUCAGGGCCUCAAGCGCAACAGCCAGAGUCCAGACACCCAAACAGCUGCCACACCUUCGCCGAUCAGCUUAUGCAGUAAGACGCCGCGAACCUGCAUUCCGCAGCAACCGUACUCAGAGUCAGAAAUCCCUGAGCCAGAAAUAAAUAAACGAGCAGGAAGGGGAAACUCCUGGAACACUUCCCCUACAUCUAUACAUCCAGCGCCUCGUGCCAUCCGAAACGAAGACUCAAAUCCCAAAAUCUUACACCUCCCCGCGCGCUGAACAACAAGAGCACGACGAUACUUCUCGAAUUUUCAGUAUCCGAGUGACAGACCCAAUCAGAACCGGAAUCCACAAAUUUACCGCCAACGCGACUCACAAAUGGUCUCUUUUUCGUGCGAGGGAUGCGGCGACGUCCUGACGAAGAAGAAACUCGACGGACACCGCAACCAAUGUUACGGCGCAUCGUUCACCUGCCUCGAUUGCAUGGUGCAUUUCCAGGGCACUGACUAUCGUUCCCACACGAGCUGCAUCAGCGAAGCACAGAAGUACCAAGGCGCCCUGUACCGUCCCGAGAAGGAGAAGAAGAAGCAGAAUAAUUCAAAGGCUGUCGUGCCCCAUAACUCAAACGUCCAAGACAAGCAGCAUGAACACCACCACAAUUCGCAUAUCACCAUCGUGGAUCCUCCUAUGCCCGAGGCCCCAACUCCUCCGUCCGCGGUUCCCGAUUUCAAGAUGUCGCAAAAUCCGGUCAAUGUCUUUGACUUCCUCGUUGAUGGCGAGACUCCAAACUCCUCUCGACUAGAAUUACCUCCACCAGAACCGAUGCAAAUGAUUGAAGAUGCGCCAGAGGAAAACCAGGGCCGAGAGCUCGUCCACAUGCGCUCCAACGGGGCAGGAGAGAGCCUUACCAAUCUGGUUGAGUACGGAUCCGGACCCGUCCCCACCGAGCAUUACCAAACACCCGCACCGAAAUCUGAACGAGAUCGAGAACGACGAGAAAGGAAGGACCGCGAUCAUGGUCAUGAUGAGAAGAAGGAUAAGAAGCGCAAGCGCCUACACGUCGACACACGUGAACUCUCCAGCCGCGCCGACGAAGUCAUGACCGACGCCCCUCCUGUUCUGCAUUCAGGAUUGACGGGUGGCCUUAAAGCCCUGCUUUCACGACCGUCAGCCUUCCCGCCUUCCCCGGACUACUCUGGCGGUGAUCAUGAUGCGUCACCCGGAAGUCCAUUGAAGAAGACCAAACAUUCGAAACGAGACCGCGGGCGUAACCGUGUCGAUAGUAUUAGCAACAACAUCAUGUCUCUCAUCACAUCCAAUUCCUCUCGCGAACAUUCCGAAGACCGCCCCCGCCGCAAGAAGCACCACCGUCACCGCGAGGAUUCGGAACGCCCCUCGCGCAAAAUGAUUGAAUACCAACCGAUGAACGGCGAGGUCGUGCGCGAAGAUGCCGAUGCUCAGAAUCAGAUGGUCGUCUACCAACCACGAGCGGAGUUGUUGCUGAGUUUUGUUAACAAGGGACCCGAGAGUGAGAGAGGCGUGAGCAUGAAUAAGGCGUUGAAGAGAUACCACCGCGAGCGUCAUGCCAGUGGGGUUGGGUUGAGCAAGGCUGAGGAAGAGAAGGAACUCUGGAGGAGUCUGAGGAUGAAGAGGAAUGACAGAGGAGAGAUCGUGCUUUUCUUGUAAUUGGAUUUCAUUGAUACCAUGUGGUUUCUCAUCUGGACUGGCCGGCUAUGGGUAGUUGCAUUAUUGUUGCAUUUGCGCUCCAGCGGGUAUACUGGAAUCUGGGCAUACUUGGUUGAAUUAAGGCAUUUCAGUCGUGGCUCUACAGCCACUGCGUUCUCGACUCCAGAUACACACACACUGCGAUCCGUCAUAGAAAGUCUUGUAUCAUCUCAUAGAUAUACGCCUAUUAAUCCGAAAACAUAUGGGU